AUGGCGGAGAAGUCGAGCUUCUUCGUCCAUUUCAGCUUCCUUCUACUUCUAGUGAGUAUCAUAACACGUGCCCAUGGAGGGAGGAAUCCGGUGCGCCGUUCGUUGAUGGACGGCCAAGAUCUCUCGAGACCUCUGAAGCUGACGUUCGGUGGGCCCUCUCGGAAUUGGACCGACGCCAUUCCCAUUGGAAAUGGCCGUCUCGGAGCCACGAUCUGGGGCGGCGUCCCCUCCGAAACUCUCAACCUCAACGAGGACACAAUAUGGACUGGAGUACCAGCAGAUUACACGAACCCGAACGCUCCAGAAGCAUUAGCAGAAGUGAGGAGGCUUGUUGAUGACAGAAAAUAUGCUGAAGCUACUUCAGAAGCUGUCAAAUUAUCAGGCCAACCUUCUGAUGUAUACCAGCUAGUGGGAGAUUUGAAUAUAGAGUUUGACAGCUCUCAUCGUAAGUACAGUCAAGACUCUUACCGCCGUGAGCUCGAUCUGGAAACAGCAGUAGCUAAAGUAAGCUACUCUGUUGGAGCUGUGGAGUUCUCAAGGGAGUUUUUCGCUUCGAAUCCGGAUCAAGUCAUAGUAGUCAAGAUCUCUGCAAGCAAACCAGGAUCUUUGUCUUUUAAAGUAUCUUUAGAUAGUGAUUUGCAUCACCAUUCAGAAACAAACCCCAAGUCCAAUCAGAUUCUGAUGAAAGGAAGUUGUCGUCCCAAGCGUCUUCCUGUGAACUUGAAGAAAAGCAUCAACGCCACAAACAUACCGUACGAUGAUCACAAAGGAUUGCAGUUUGCUUCCGUGCUUGAAGUGAGAGUAAGCAGUGGCGGCUCUGUGUCUUCCUUGGAUGGCAAGAAACUAAGCGUUGAAAAAGCUGACUGGGCUGUUCUGCUUGUGACUGCUUCGUCUAACUUUGAUGGACCUUUCACUAUGCCUGCUGAUUCAAAGAGAGACCCUGCAAAGGAAUGCAGUGACAGAAUCAGCUCGAUCCAGAAACACUCAUACUCUGAUCUCUACGCUCGUCAUUUGAGCGAUUAUCAGAAACUUUUCAACCGUGUCUCUUUGCAACUCUCUAGCAGCUCAGAAGAUAAAAACAAAUCCGUGCAACAAGCAGCAGUUUCAACCGCUGAAAGAGUGCGGUCGUUUAGAACCGAUGAAGACCCUUCGUUGGUGGAGCUUCUGUUUCAAUAUGGUCGAUACCUGCUUAUAUCUUCUUCAAGACCUGGAACUCAGGUGGCUAACUUGCAAGGCAUAUGGAACAGAGACAUUCACCCGCCGUGGGAUGGUGCUCCUCACCUGAACAUUAAUCUCCAGAUGAACUAUUGGCAUUCUCUUCCUGGUAACAUCCGGGAAUGCCAUGAACCCUUGUUUGAUUACAUGUCUGCUUUAGCAAUCAAUGGCCGCAAGACAGCACAAGUGAACUACGGAGCAAGUGGUUGGGUGGCACAUCAAGUAUCAGACAUAUGGGCAAAGACCUCACCGGAUAGAGGUGAGGCAGUGUGGGCCCUCUGGCCUAUGGGUGGGGCUUGGCUCUGUGCUCAUGCAUGGGAGCACUAUACAUACACUAUGGACAAGGAGUUUCUGAAAAAGAAAGGAUAUCCAUUGUUGGAAGGAUGUACGGAGUUUCUUUUGGAUUGGCUGAUCAAAGGUAAAGACGGAUAUCUCCACACCAAUCCAUCGACAUCCCCUGAGCAUAUGUUCACUGCUCCUGAUGGCAAACCUGCUAGUGUUAGCUACUCGUCAACCAUGGACAUUGCCAUUGUCAAAGAAGUCUUCUCUGCUAUUGUCUCAGCUUCAGAGGUUUUGGGGGAAACGAAUGAGACUCUUAUAGGAAAAGUCAUAGCUGCUCAAGCAAAUCUUCCACCUGUUAGAAUAUCAUCAAAGGAUGGUUCUAUAAUGGAAUGGGCAGAAGACUUUGAGGACCCAGAGGUGCAUCACAGACAUGUUUCACAUCUCUUUGGUCUCUUCCCGGGCCACACAAUCACACUUGACAAGUCUCCGGAACUUGCUAAAGCUGUGGAAGUAACACUUAAGAAAAGAGGAGAGGAAGGACCAGGGUGGUCCACCACUUGGAAAGCUGCCUUGUGGGCUAGGCUUCACAACAGCGAGCACGCGUAUCGGAUGGUUACGCAUAUAUUUGAUCUGGUGGAUCCGUUAAACGAACGUAACUAUGAAGGAGGACUCUAUAGUAACAUGUUCACAGCUCACCCGCCGUUCCAGAUCGAUGCCAAUUUUGGAUUCUCAGCAGCGGUAGCGGAAAUGAUAGUGCAGAGCACGACGAAGGAUCUGUAUCUGCUGCCGGCGCUUCCGGUGGACAAAUGGCCUAACGGUCAUGUGAAAGGGCUAAGGGCACGUGGCGGUGUGACGGUUAAUGUAAGGUGGACGGAAGGGAACCUCGUAGAGUUUGGUCUUUGGUCGGAACAGAGUGUGUCCACGAGAAUAGUGUACAGAGGAGUCUCUGCGGCUACCACAUUGUCGCCAGGGAAAGUCUUUACUUUUAACAAAGAUUUGAGAUGCAUUCGGACAGAGACGUUAUAG